AAACUUAAUUGGAGGAAAUUAGUGAUAACGCUAAAAAAAUAAAAAUCGGGGCGGGGUUCGUUCGGCGUGAAAUUAGUCAAUAUAAAGGUUAGUUUCAAAAUGGCGCCGCCGGUGGUUAGAAAAAAAAAUUAUUUCUAACCUCAUUCACCUCCCCGUAUUUAAUAAUUAAAUAGAGAAAAAAGUACCAUAUAAUUAAAUAAUCACGUAAAAUAAAAAUGUGGGAUAUCGUGCAAAGAGUACGCGAGGCGUUUUGGAACGAAGAUGUUUGGUUGCCCCCGAACACCACAUGGGCGGAUAUGACUCCGGGGUCUCGCCCCGGAAUCACAAUGACCGAUUAUCGACACUUGUACUUCCCAUUACCAUUAGCUUUAGUUAUGUUGGGCAUUCGAUACCUUUUAGAGAAAUAUUGGUUUACCCCCGUUGGAAUCUCUUUGGGUAUUAAAAACGUUAGACCAAAGAAAGCACCGCCUAAUAUCGUCUUAGAGAAAGCGUAUUCCACUUAUCGGAGGCAAUUAAAACAUAAACAAAUACAAGGAUUAGCGAAACAACUCGAUUGGAGUGAAAGACAAGUGGAACGAUGGUUACGAUUAAGAUAUAGCCAAGAAAAACCGACCACGUUAGUUAAAUUUACAGAAGAGGCUUGGAGGUGUUUAUAUUAUCUGUGUUCAUUUACUUAUGGAUUAGUCGUUUUAUGGGAUAAACCAUGGUUUUGGGACAUAAACGAGUGUUGGAAUGGGUAUCCAUAUCAAUCGGUUUCAACGGAUAUUUGGUGGUAUUACAUGUUUUCGUUGGCUUUUUAUUGGUCUUUAUGCGUGAGCCAAUUUUUCGAUGUAAAACGGAAGGAUUUUUGGCAAAUGUUUAUACAUCACAUCGCAACGAUCGUUUUAAUGUCGUUUUCAUGGAUCUGCAACUUACCUAGAAUAGGUAGUUUAGUACUGGUUGUCCAUGAUUGCGCGGAUAUCUUCUUGGAGGCGGCGAAAAUGGCUAAAUAUUCGGGUUAUCAAAAAAUUUGCGACACAAUUUUCGCGAUUUUCACGAUUUUGUGGAUUACAACCCGCGUCGGGAUCUAUCCAUUUUGGAUCAUUCAUAACACAUCGAUUGUGGCCCCCACAUUAUUACCAAUGUUCCCUGCUUACUACAUUUUCAACGGUUUAUUACUGUUAUUGUUAACGUUACACAUAGUUUGGACUUACUUGAUAUUGAAGAUAGCUUAUAAAGCUUUAAACGCAGGACAAAUGGAGGGGGAUAUCCGAUCGAGUAGUUCAAAUUAUAGCGAAGGCGAUUCGAAAUCACAGUGAGAAUAUUAAAAUAAAAAAUUCUUCCUCAUAAUUUCCAGUUAGAUUAAUAUUCUCGAUUAUUAUUUGGGAAUAAGAUGCUACCAAAAAGAAAUCCAAAUAUUGCGAGUCAAAAAAUGCAUUUCUCGUUUCUAAUUUUGCUCGAUAAUUCCAGUUAAAAUUAAAUAUAUUUAAAGGAACACAUUAAACUCACGCGCGUACACCUUUAAAUACAAUUUUUGUACAAAUUU